AUGACCAGUCCAAGGUGCACCUCGCGGCCAUGGAAGCUGAACGACUCUCUGAAGGCACGGAGAUACGCCUUCGGCGAGUUCGUCGACAUUACAGAGGUGAAGAACCAUGUCGACAAGGUGAAGACCAAGCUGUCGCAGUACUACGUCGAGCCCGGCGCAUCCAACGGGCCGAACACCUCUCGCCUGAACAAGUUCCUUGCUGCACACGGCAGCAAGGACAAGCGCAAGAUGGAGCUCAAGGGAGUGGACGAGAACGGCAAGCAUGCAAAAGCCGAGAUCGAGCUUCACGAGGACAUCAUCGACCCUGAAAACCCUGGGGGGGGAUGCGACUUGAAGGUCUGCGUGGACCUGGCAAGGCGUUUCGCUCAGCGCGUGAUUAAGGCGCUGGGGAAGAGGAUGGCGGAUCUGCGUCAUUUCGAUGGUGUUGGUUUUUUCUCCCCUGAUAAGUAUCCCGACCGUGCAGGAGAGCAGGACGCGUGGGUGAAGCUCCAUCUCUCCGAGCUCCUUGACAUGUUCAAUAACAAGCUACCUGGUAAGACGAGAGGGGUAGAGUAG